UUGCGCUUUUGGAAGCUUUUUUGCACUGCGUUUCCUCGCUGUCACUGUUUCCGUUUCCACCCUCCACUUACAUCCACGCCUCCACACACUCCAGCCUCUCUAUUAGACUUGUUUCCAUUGUCUGCGUUACGUCCAGUUUGCAGUGGGUGAAGUUUGUGGAGGGGAUUCAUCUGCACCAACAAUGGGAGAUAUCGAGGCUCCCAGCAGCCCCGGACCGCGCCAGAGUGUCCUGAUGUCGGUUCUGCCCAGCAGAGAGUUCGCCUCUUCACGGAAGGGAAUGCUGCUCUUAGCUGAAGUGGCGCUGUCAUUCAUCUCCUUUGUGUGUUUUGCGGCGUCCACGGCAGCAGGCUUCGUGACUGUCCCGCUGCUGGAGUUUCUGGCCGCUGUCUUCUUGGUGUUUGCUUACUCCACCAAAUUCAAUGAAAGGUUUAAAGGCUUCCUGUGGCCACUUAUGGACUUUAUGAGAUGUGUGACUGCGUCUGUCAUCUACUUCAUCAUCUCCAUAAUGGCCGUGUCCAAAUAUGCGGACGGAUCCUCCAAAGCUGCAGGGGUGUUUGGCUUCAUCACCACCAUUGUGUUCGCUCUGGAUUUUUACUUCAUUUUUAACGAGUUGGCCACUUUCCUUAAAGCAGGAGGGGAGUCCAACGAUGAGCCGACCAGAGAGCCAGAUGAGUUUUCAGACUCUGACUCAGACUGAGACCAGGAGGAAUCUUCACCAGCUGAUACAAAGUAAAGGUUUUAAAUAGAAAAUGCUGCGGUGAGGCUACAGUUUCACCAGGACCGUUUACUGUCACAGCCACAUCAGGUGUCACUGAUUGUUUGAUUGUUGUUUUUUUGUCCGAGAAUGAAUCAUAUCAGAAAGUAUGUUUUGUUUUUUUUAAACUUUUUUUCACUUUUUAAAAAACCUGAUAAGCUUCACUCUUCAAAUGUUGGAACCUGUUGUUUGGAAGUGAGUUUUAAAAUGUCUGAAGUUACACAGAUGACUGUGAUGUUCAUUACACAGAUGGGCUGGUAAGUACAGUACGGAGAAGAAGAGUCAUUUUUAUUUUAACAGUGUAGGACAUUUUAAUGUCUGACUGUUAUAAGUAUAUAUACAUAUACUGUUGUGAUUUUUAUUGCUUUAAAGGGGCCAAACAGAUUUUAUUUCUCUGUACAAACAUUGAUUCAUACAUAAGUCUGAAGUGAAUUUUAAACUUUAUUUUAAACUAAAUUUUAAAAGUGUUUUUUUAAUUAUCCCUAAACAAAUACUUUGAAGAAUAAUGAAAAACUUCUGUUCUGUUAAUUCUUUUUACAGUAAUCAUCAUCCUCAGUGUAUACAACGAUCAGGGGAAGGUUAGGUAGGUAAAGGUCAUUAACCUGAGUGAAGACCAAAAUUAUAAAGCUGUGAAAUUAAAUUGUAUUUAAUUCCUAAAGGUCCGGUGUUUAUUGAAUGAAAUAGUUGACAGAAUAUCAUCCACGUUCUCACCUGACAGUACAUUGUUUGACAUUUGGACUGCCUUGGAUUGUUUACCUGUACUGCUACUGUCGCUGUAGCUUUCUUUGUAAUGGUUACAGACAUAAAUGUCCACGUUUUCACAGCCGCUGUUUAUGACAUUUGUGUAUAAACAACAGACCAACAAAUCGACUUAUUACAAUCAGAAUAUGAAUGCCAGUCAGCAGAAGUACCAAUACUGCGUCACUGGGUCAUUACUCUACGUCACCAGUAGGUGUCAGUAAUCUUUACACGGCAGACCUUACGAAUUUGUUUAUAUGUAAAUAUUAAAACUGAUAGUAAUGUAAACCAUGUGCUGUGACUGAACACUAAGUGAACGUUGCAGUGGAUACACGCUGUAUGUGGGAUCAACACCAGUGAAUAUGUUUAAUCACAUAAAUAUCGUGGGCGGUCAAUGUUGCGUCAGCUGAUUAGGAACACAGCCAUAAAACAUACAGAUGGUUAUUAUUAGUAUACAGUACUUUAUAUGUAAUGGGUUGGCUGGUUACAACCUCUGUCCAGUUCACGGACAGUUCACUGUUUCUCUAAGUAGGACUUUUGUUUGGACGUGGCUCCUUCAUCGUACUGUGGGCUAACGCUAAAACGGCUAACACAGCACUGCUUUGUACAGCAGACUGACGUCACGGUUUAAUGGCUUUGCUAGAUUGACUUGACUUUUCACACGAUUUUGAAUGUGUACGGCCAUUGUCUAAGAGUUUAGAGCUUCGCUCUGUCGGUUUCAGUCUUUAUUAGAACGUGAUGACAUUUACAGCGGCACACUUCUGCCAGAUUUGAACAUCUGGUCUCCAGUCUGCCAUGUCUAUUUUAAUCCAUUUCCCAUCUAUGGUUCCUGCAUCAGUGAAUGGGGUUUCGACCUUCGAUGGAAUAAUAUGUAUUGAUUUCUGUUCAUUAACUAAAGUUUAAAAACCCUGUGUGUGUUUGUGUUCGUGUGAGUAAACAUUUAAAGCCACUAACUGCAGUGUAAUUUAUACGAAAAAAAACAAAUGUGAAUCACUGUGUUUUCUCAGAACAUAAAGGUCUUGAUUCUUGUUGUCCA